AUGGUGAAGGAUCAGGAAACACUGACCUUCAGUGACGUGGCUGUGAACUUCACUCGGGAAGAAUGGGGGCUUCUGGACUCUGCUCAGAAGGCCCUGUACCAGGACGUGAUGCUGGAGAACUACAGAAACCUGGUGUCCAUCGGUGAGGACCACUCUCCUGGCUUGGGCAUUUCCUCUCCCCGGUGUGAAAUCUUUGCAGUGUCUGUGGGGCUCUGA